AUGGAUCACAACAACUUCAAUUCUCCAUUGAACCCCACUGUGAAACUUAAAGCUAAGGAAGGAAAAAGGUUGCCAGACCCCACUUACUACAGAAAAUUGAUAGGAAAGUUCAAUUUCCUCACCAAUACUAGACUAUAUAUAGCUUAUAGUGUGCAACACUUAAGCCAGUUCAUGGAUGACCCUAGAGAGCCUCACUUAACAGCAGCUUUCCAUCUGCUCAGAUACUUGAAGAGGGACCCCAUCUUGGGCAAAUUCCUGUUUAAGGAUCAAGAUUACACAAUCAGAGCAUAUUGUGAUUCAGAUUGGGAAGCAUACCCAGAUUCCAGAAAAUCUGUGAGUGAUUACCUUGUGUUGAUGGGGAGCAAUCCAGUUAGUUGGAAGUCCAAAAACCAGGAUACUAUCUCCCUCUCCUCUGCAGAGGCAGAAUACAGAGCCUUAAGAAAGGUAGUGGGAGAACUGGUGUGGCUCAACAGAUUGUUUGAAGAACUUACAUCACAUGUUCUCAAGCCCAUUGCAGUGUUCUGUGAUAGUCAGUCUGCUAUGCAUAUAACCAGGAAUCCUGUAUUCCAUGAGAGAACCAAACAUAUAGAAGUUAACUGCCAUUUUGUAAGAAGCAAGCUACAUGAGGGAUUGAUUUCAUUGCACCAUGUGGGAACAACAUACUAG